AUGUCGUCACGCGGGGUUCCGGAGGUUCUCAUGAAGAAGGUCGACGAGUACGUCGACUCGCUCGCUCCACAGAUCGAACCCCGCAUCACGGCCGAGCUCGAGACAUUCCAACAAAAGACCAUCGACAGCCUCGAGACACAAGUCGUCGACGCCUUUCGUUCCCUCUUCAACACGGACAAGAACAGCUCCGGUGACGCUUCGAGGGGAUUCAGCCUCAAUAACUCUGCGCCCGAUGCCUACGGCGGCCAGUCGCUACCCUUUGCCGAUGAGAUUGCCAGCCUGACGCGCGGGUUUAGCAAGAUUACGGAUGAGGCGAGCGAUGAUCUCCGUGACAUUUUUAACCUUACCGAAGGCGGCGGCGGCGGCGGCGGCGGCGGUGACACCCGUUCGCGUGGUGGCCCCGGCGGCAACAGCUCCUCGUCUGGCGCCAGGGGCUUCCUCUCCGCAGCCUUUGACAUAGUCCAAGACCAGCUCGACAACAACAACAAAAGCUCCUCCGGUGGCCAGGGGUUCAAGCUCGACGGCCUCCUCGGCGUUCUCAGUGACACAGUCAAGGACGCCUCGCGCAACCCCGAGGAGAAGGCCCGCCUCAUCAGCCCCGAGAUCAAGGAGAAGGUCGGCCUCAAGCUGCGGGAGCAGCACGCGCCCAUCGCCGCCCAAUUUACGCGCCUCGGCCUCGAGCACAUCAAGACCUGGAUUUCCGUGCCGGACGACAUUGGCGACGAGGGCGUCAGCGUUGGUGCUCCGGCGUCGGGGACCCAGCACGUCGGCGGUGUUCAGCCCGGCCAGUCUGCGUCGGGUGGCUACGUGCCGCCGCCGCCGCCGCCGGCACAGAGCCACGACGGUGCAGGGCAGACGCAUGGCCAGCAGGGGUACAGCCCGCCAUCGCAGCACAACCCGCCGUCGCAGUACAACCCGCCGUCGCAGUACCAGCCGGGAAAUUCUGCACCGAGCGGGUAUGCUGAGCUUGACGGAGGAAGCCAACCCCACAGCCAGUCAAGUUACAAGCCACCUUCGCCAUAUCAGUCUGGCAACUCCGGCCAAGGAGGCUACGCUCCCCCGCCGCAGGAAUUGGACGGCGGAGGAUCGACGUACGGCCAGCAGGGGCACAACUCCGCCUCGCAAUACCAGCCGCCGCAGGAUGACCGGCCCGGCCAACAUCAGGACCAAGGCUACCGGCCGCCUCAGCAGCAGCACGAUUACCGACCGCAGCAGGAUCAGGGAUACCGCCCGCAGCAGCAGUACCAGGCGUAUCGACCGCAGGAGCAGUCUCACGGCGAGAAUCGCCCCAACGACUACCCGCCCCCACCCUCGCAGUAUCAGUCUGGUCAGUCUCAGGGCUACCACAGUGGCCAGAACUACCAGCAAAAUCAAGACUACCGCCAAGACCAGGGGGGUCGUCAGGAGCAGGGUUACAGGCGCGAGGAUGACUAUCGACGAAAUGAUGAUUACAGACGCGAUGAUGACUAUAGGCGGGAUGACGGCCGUCGCAGGGCCAGGGGCCCCGUUCACCAGCAUGAACUCCGCCAAGACGGUAAUCAGAAACCAGAAAGCGAGUCAAACUUCGGUACUGAGAGCACCUUGUGCAGACAGGGUCUACAUUCAUAUCUUCAGCAUUCGUCCCUAUCGGCAUUCUCCGCCGCAGGGCUCGAUUACGCGGUUGGACGUCGCAUGACUGCUUGGGACAGUGAUACCCAGCUGAUCAUCUACCGGUGGCAGCGAACCACCCUUCGCCCACGAUUCACACGUUACGAAAUGCCUAUCACCACCAUAAUUACCUGCCUAAUGUGA